AAAUUUGGAAUCUUGUUAUACAUUCACGGGACGAAACUUCUACCAGAUGCAGCUAAAUAUGAAAGCUUUGUCAUACAUAUAUAAAACACACAAAAGGGUAGCUCAGUUGGCAACGUACGUUGAGUGUGUAGGAAGAACUCUUGUGUACAACCUCGCACAAUACUUCCAAGGGAGGGAUGAAGAGUUUUAACUGUGAUUAAAUCCCGAGUCUAAAAUAGUUAGCAUCCGAAAGGUGAGCUAAUACAAGACGUUUGUUUAUACACAAAAAAAAAAUAUACACAUACAAAACUAGCAUAACUCAUAUCAUCUUCCACACUCAAUUGCUCAACAUUACUCUCACUGAUAUCAUCUGAAGACUAUGAGAUGUUAGACCUCAAAUACAUAUGGGUGCUUGUUUCAAUAAACAGGUACAUUCAUGGCAUCAUAGAGAAUGAUAAAGCCAGGAAUGCCCUAAAAUUGAGAUGCACCUCCAAGUUGAGGAUUCAGGAGCAGGAGUUUUUUGAAUUUUCUGAGCAGUCAGUGCUGUCAAAUUUUUACUGGGGGAUUGAAAGCAUUGAAACUGCAAUUCAAUCACAACAGCAAGAAGAAGAAGAGAGAACCUCUCUGCUAACAAAUUCAGAACAAAUGCUUCAGGUUCCUGCAAUGCUUGAUGAGGAAGAGGUUACAGCCACAAUUCCAAAUAAUUACUUGGUCUGCUGCUCCUACUUUUACCUCUCAGUGGUUAGGAAGCUGCAAGGAGAUGAAUGGCAGGCAGCACUGCAUUUUCUACAAGCAGUAUUGGUCUCCCCAAAGAUUGUUUGGACAGAAUUUGCAUCAGAGCUUUGUGAAAGUCUUUUCCCCAACAAGCAGGAAAACAAAGGUAGUAGAAGACUGGAAGCUGUUUGUGAUAUAGCUUCUGAGGAUGAAACCAGUGAAGCAAUUAGGGAGGUGGCAAGGAGGUACAAGGAAUGUCUUGUGUAUUACCAGGUCAUGCUUUAUGGAGAGACUCCAUGGUGGCGCAGUUAUUGCAGCAACCAACAAUCAGUGAAUUAUAUGGAUGUACCAAAUACCAAGUGUGUAUCUUCUACUUCAGUUCAACAUGAACCAAGAUUCAAAAACUGCAAUACGGUUCACUCACUUGAUCUUCAAGAUGUGAUGCAUACAAUCGGACAGGACUCAAAAAGUUUCAUCGAUAUUGCUGAAUAUGAAGGUCAAGAGAAAGCCCUCAAACAAUUGAAUUCAGUUCAGUGUCACUACAAAAAGCAACAAACAAUUUCAGACCAAAUAUGCCUCAAGGAUUUGUUCAAAGAAUCUAAAACAGCAGCAUCAGUAGAUUCAUGCUAUGGCGAUUUCAGAGACAAAAGGGACCUGGAAAAAGUGGACGACAGAAAUUUUCACAUCAGAACCACAAUAACAAAAGCAGAUGAUCUACAACCUGAAACAUAUGACAGGAAGCUACAUCAAAACCCUGGUUUGCCUCAAGCUCCUCAAUAUCCAACGCAAGAAGAGUUAUAUGAAAGAAGCAUAAUUAAGCUUGAUUCUAGCAGAUUUACCUGGUCCAUAGAAGAUGUUACUUUAUCUAUCUCGAAGAACAUAGAUGAAACAAGAAAUAUAAUUUUCCAUGCAGAGGAUGAAUUAAUUGAGGAAGCAUUGCAGCCACUAAAAUUCCAUCUCUUUGAUCAUGCAACAACUGCUGGCAAACAUAGGCUCAGCCAGAUAAGUCAUCAAGAAAGUUCUAAGACAGAAUUGGAAACAUUAUAUAGUCUACUAAACUUCAAUGAAGUUUGUUCAAAAUCCAGAAGAUUUUCCUUGCAUGCCCUUAGAAGAAUUUCAGGACUACAAUAUUCAAAGGCAUUAGGAAAAAGUGGUGAAGAACAUACUGUAGACAUUGCAACUAUUUAUGAGAGUUUGAUUAGUUCAUCUGACACUACUUAUGCGUCCUUAAAGGAUGUGAUUUUGGAUGAACUUCUAGUAGCUAUCUCUACCUCCAAAGAGGAAAAAGAACUAAGGGCUUCAGUAUCUAUUCUGACAACAAUAGUUUCAAGGAACAAGUCAAUUAUAGAAGAUGUCAAGAAGAAAGGUUUAAGGUUGUGUGAUCUGGCAAGUGCUCUAAAACAAAAUGUCCAUGAGGCAGCAAUUCUGAUAUAUUUGAUAAAUCCAUCUCCUAUAGAUAUAAAAACAUUGGAACUUCUGCCAAUACUAGUGGAGAUUGUUUGCAAUUCAAAUGGUUACAAGAGUAAGCCAGAGUCACUGCAUCUGACACCGCAUGCAGCAUCGUUGAUGAUCAUUGAAGAACUAGUAACGUCAUUUGACUAUGCGACAAAUAACAUGCAUUUGGCCACAAUCAGUUCCCCUCAUGUUCUGAAUGGACUUCUAGAAUUUGCUAGAAAUGAUAAUCUAGAACAAUUUUUUUCUUUGACCACCAUUCUUAUAAAAUGCAUGCAGUUUGAUGCACAAUGCAGAAAGUAUGUUUCACAAUUCACUCCUCUUGCUCCCUUCAUCCACCUUCUACAGACGGAAAACACCCGUGCCAAAUGCAUGGCACUUGAAUUUUUUCAUGAAAUCCUUUGUGUACCAAGAUCAUCAGCUAUUAGUCUGCUACAACGUAUACUGCAAGAAGGAGGCAUCAAUAUUAAGCAGAUACUAAUGCAUUGUGCCCAUCAAUUACAACCUGAACACCAGAUUUUAGCAGCUAAUAUAUUGCUUCAGUUAGACACGUUGAACUCAUCUGAUAAAAGCUUGUUCAGAGAAGAAGCAGUGCAGAUCCUAGUCAGCGCAAUGACAUCUGUUGAAAGCUCAGAACAGACAUUAUCUGCAUCCAUUCUAUCAAAUCUUGCUGGAACAUAUGCUUGGACAGGGGAACCAUAUACAGUUGCAUGGUUGCUGAGAAAGGCAGGCUUAACGUCUUCAUAUCAUCAGAAUAUGAUAAGAAACUUCAACUGGUUGGAUCAGAAUCUGCAGGAUACCAGCAUAGACUUAUGGUGCAGUAAAAUUGCCAAAUGUAUCAUAAGUGUUGGGGAUUCCAUCUUCCAUGCUUUAGAAAAAGGGUUAAGAAGCAAGGUGAAAAGGGUUUCUAGAGACUGCCUUGUAGCCGUUGCAUGGCUUGGAUGCCAAAUAUCAAAAAGCCCAGACAGCCUCAGUUAUUCUUCAUCUGAGAUUAUACUAAGUGGAAUUCAGCAAUUUCUGCAUCCUGGGAUGGACUUGGAAGAAAGACUUCUAGCAUGUCUUUGCAUGUAUAAUUAUGCCUCUGGAAAGGGUAAGCAAAAACUAAUGCAUUUCUCAGAAGGAGUGAAACAAUCACUGAGACGCCUUUCAAAUGUAAUUUGGAUGGCUGAGGAAUUACACCGAGUGGCUGAUUUCUUGCUUCCAAACAUAUCACGUAUUUCUUGUGUUCACUCACAAAUCCUUGAGGUAGGCCACAACAUCAGCAUAGCAGUCUGCUCUCUCAUAUACUACAAGGGACUGCUAUUCAGUGGAUAUUCAGAUGGAUCAAUCAAGGUGUGGGAUAUUAGAGGACACUCUGCCAGUCUUGUAUGGGACAUUAAAGAGCACAAGAAGUCCGUGACAUGUUUUUCAGUUCAUGAACCAUCAGACAGCCUUUUAAGCGGUUCCACUGAUAAAACCAUAAAGGUGUGGAAAAUGAUCCAGAGAAAACUGGAGUGUGUUGAAGUAAUAGCCUUGAAGGAAUCAGUUUAUCAUCUACGUACACAUGGUGAAACAAUUUUCGCAAUUACUGAAAGCCAGGGAAUAAAGCUUGUUAAUGAAUCAAGAGUGAUCAGAGAUAUAUUCAAAGGCAAGCGUGUAAAGUGCAUGACAGUGACUCAGGGAAAGUUAUACAUUGGCUGCACAGAUUCAAGCAUACAGGAAUAUUCCACAACAUACAAUCGGGAACUAGAAAUCAAACCACCUACCAGGAGUUGGAGGAAGCAAAGCAAGCCCAUAAAUUCAAUCAAAGCAUACAGAGAUUGCCUCUAUAGUGCAAGUAGGCAUGUUGAAGGCACAACAUUCAAGGAAUGGAAAAGAACUAGGAAACCACAAAUUUCAAUGCUUACUGAUAAAGGAGAUAAUGUGGUGACCAUGGAAGUGGUAGAAGACUUCUUAUACCUAAUUUCCAGCUCAUCAGCAAACAACAUUCAGAUCUGGUUGAGAGGGGUACCAAAGAAGUUGGGGAGAAUAUCAGCAGGAAGCAAGAUAACAUGCAUGCUUGCUGCCAAUGACAUUAUUCUUUGUGGGACUGAGAUGGGACUAAUCAAGGGCUGGAUCCCCUUGUAGGAAGAGCUUCAACUUACUGUUUAUAUUCAUUCAUAUCCUUUCAAGUUUUUGGACUAGUAUUUCAACAAAGAAAGCUCGUCUUGCAUGCUUGGUCAAGUUAUGAUGCCACCAAACCACAUGCUAGAUGAUUGCAAUAAAUUCAUCUGCCACAGGCUUAGGCUACAUAUUAUAUUUACAUCAGGGAUUACAUUACUACAGUAAAUAUAUGUGAGUUUGUUUUGCCUUGAGUGAAAACCAUUGUGAAUAGCUGAUUCUCUUCACUGUACAGGAAAUGUUAUUGUAAUAAAUGCCUAUGCUAUGAUAACAAAAUUUGAUAAUUAAAAACACAUAAAAAUAAUUUUAAUUUCUUUCACAAG